CUGGACCCGGGUGCUGCUUCCGGCUGCGCUAGGAGGUCGUGCAGGCAGGAGACCUCAGUCGGAAGGGAGGGAGCGGCAGCAUCCAGGGGACAACAUGCCAACUGCCAAGCAACUAGCCGACAUUGGCUACAAGACCUUCUCCACCUCCAUGAUGCUCCUCACUGUUUAUGGGGGCUACCUCUGCAGUGCCCGAGUCUACCACUAUUUCCAGCAGCGCAGCUCCCAGCGCCAGGCUGCAGAAGAACAGAAGACCUCGGGAGUCCCGUAGAACUGGGGGGCUUUUUUCCUUGAGCAGAGAGACCUGAGGCAUGUUGUGGAAAGACCUCACCUGCAAUCAUUUCUGAGUCAAAAGGAUCAGGGC